AAAAGAAUUUAUUAUAACGAAGCAAAUUUGUUUUCUUGUUGUCAGUAGCUUGUCUUGUUUUUAGCCCCAAAUGUGACAAACAUUUGAUGAAUUUUUUUUACGAAAAAUGGUUUUAUCUUGAUGACGAAAAGUCUUCCUAAGAGCUCGGUGUGCAAUAUUUUGCAAACAUGCUACCAACUGCAACACUCGUCUGUUUGUGUUUGUCUUAGUCUUUUGGAGCUUCUCCCAAAAUAUUGUGCUGCUCACGGAGCCGGCUCGCUCGGGGUACAUUGUGGUACUUCACACGAUCACGAAUCCAUACCCGAUCGGCGUCAUACUCCGCAAAAAGCACGGGUGCAGAAAACUGUUGAUAAGUUUUACUUGCAUAAGCAAAUUGUUGCGACUGGCAACACCCUUGACCGUCGUCUGAAGGCUUUUUCUCGCCAACGGCACGUAGUGUGUGAGCUUGCGUUCCUCUUGCCGAUGGUGGUAAGCUUGGCUUUAUUCAGAUUCGUUCAGCGGCUCAGUCGCUCCGUGCCAGUUUUCCCGACCAGUCUUCAAGAUGGUAUUUUCUCGCGAUAGAUUGUUGGCGAAGGUGGCGGUUACGCUGGUUAUCCUAGCCAUUGUGAUGGACGUACAAAAGCAGGGCGCUAAUGCACUAAGAUGCCAUCAUUGCGGUUGGGACACGUGCGGAUCACACGAGGAGCUCGUUGAGUGCAAUCUCGAGCGCGUCAACCAAGUUCACGGACAUCUUCAGCGGUUGGUGAAUUUGACGCAGUACACACAGCCGCCCAGCUCGGGUGAGUUUGCGUGCUUCGAACUGCAGCUCACCAACACCCACGGUAACCGAUCGGGAACCGUCAAGAGUUGCACGCUGCAGUCCUCCAAAAUGUGUGAUUUGAGUGAUUGGAAGUCGGUAAAGGUGGUCGGCUGCAACACGUGUAACGAUCGAGACUUUUGCAACGGAUUCAAUACACUGGUGCCGGCUAAAAUUGACAAAGGAGCCGGCUUUUCCUUUUCGCUGUACAAAUCGUCGUCCGCUGCGGGCCCUAUAAAACACCUGCGACGUUUAUGGUAUUCCGUACUAACGGUAGGUCUUGUAGUUCUCUUCGUUUAACUUCCGGUGGCUGGCGUCUUGCAUAGUGACGUCAUUUCGCAUUUCGCACCAUUUGUACCUUUGCAGCGCUCAAUCCCAAUCGCUUUUGUGUGAAGCUUUGGAUUAUUGCGAAUAAAUCAAUUGCUUGAUCGUUUUA